AUGGCGAUUUCACAUUUACACUGUCUGCAAUCUGUGAGAGUUUCUUUCCCCUGCCGUCCUUCCGUUUCUAACAAUUAUUAUCAUGGUAGAGACAAUUUCACGAGAAAGAGCAGUUCCCUUGUUUAUGCCUCCACCAACAACUUGGACAGGGACCUUCAUCUUCAAUCAAAGGUUGAAACAGUGUUAGAUAGUGUAAAAUGGGAUGACAGAGGUUUGGCGGUUGCCAUAGCUCAAAAUGUUGACACAGGAGCCAUCUUGAUGCAAGGCUUUGCGAACAGGGAAGCAGUGGCUACAACAGUUUCCUCACGGAAAGCAACAUUCUACAGUCGGUCACGUUCAAUGUUGUGGACAAAGGGAGAGACCUCCAAUAAUUUCAUUAAUGUCCAUGACAUCUUCCUUGAUUGUGAUCGAGACUCUAUAAUUUACCUCGGGAAGCCUGAUGGACCUACUUGCCACACAGGAUCAGAGACUUGCUAUUACACCCCAGUGUUUGAUUUGUUAGAAAAUCAACAGGACAAAGAAGAUAAAUUAGCAUUGACCACUUUGUACUCAUUGGAGUCUACAAUUGCCCAGCGAAAAGGAGAAUUAGAAGUCCCAGAGAGUGGAAAGCCCUCGUGGACCCGACGACUACUACUUGAUGAGAAGUUGUUGUGUUCAAAAAUAAGGGAAGAGGCAGAUGAGCUAUGCCGAACACUAGAGGACCAUGAAGAUAAGCCACGAGCUGCCUCAGAGAUGGCAGAUGUGCUUUAUCAUGCCAUGGUUCUGCUGGCCCUUAAAGAUGUGAAAAUGGAAGAGGUUCUAGACAUUCUUCGACGUAGAUUUUCUCAGUCAGGUAUCGAGGAGAAGAGAAGUCGCAACUCGCAAGCCUAG